AUGCCGCCCAAAUCACCGCAGGUUAAGCAGUCCUCAUGGUCAGCGCGCCUGCCUCCAGAGCUCCGCCAUCUCGUCGCCGAGUUCCUCUCCAAUGAUACGCAUUCGCUCAGCUCCCUCGGGCUCGCCAGCCGCUCCUGGGUGGCCCCGGCCCAAGUCACCCUCUUCCGCUUCGUCCGCCUCCUGGGCUCGUACCGCUACCGUCAGUUCGAAAGUAUCCUCGACGAAGCACCAGAGAUCGCGGCCUAUAUCUACGGGCUGGCCAUCAUCUGUGACCCCACCUUCACGUGGAUGGACCAGGACGCGCCGCGGAUACUCCUCCGCCUGCGCCAUGUCGAGGAGCUCAGCAUACGGAACUGGUGUGCGACGCUUAUGACCGACGACACACGGCACAACCUACGGAGGUGCUUCCCGAAUGUGAAGGUCGUCCACAUGCAAGACGUCGCAUUCGCAGGGAACGACUUCGCCGUCAUGCUCUGCGCAAUCCCCAGGCUCGCCCGCUUGCACCUACACGACGUGCACUGGUCGUUCCGCCAGCGGCCCCUGGUCGCCGCCCGCCCCCUCGGCGACAACCGUAUUGACACGCUCUACUUCCAUGGCACCUCGCCGCUCGUGCUCGGCUGGCUCGCCAAGGACGGCCCCAUCGGCUCCCGCCUGCGUGCGCUCCACGUCGCUUGGGAACAUCCUUCCGUAUCCUCCGACGUCGGCCGUGCGCUCGAGCGCUCCGGCCCCGAGCUAGAGCACGCCACGCUCGCAUGCAACAUCCGGACGCUGAAGGGCUGCCUCGUGUUGUCGGACUGGCUCGCGCCGCCCGUCGAGGACGCGUGUCCGCCGCUGCUCGACUUCACCCUCGCCUACAGCACGCGCCUGCGCUCGUUGCACCUUAAGAUAGAGAGCCCCGACGGCCGGUCGCUUCUGGUCAACUGGAUCCCCGCGCUGCUCGACAGCGUGCACACGAAGUACAUCCGGGAGGUGCUCCUCGAGCUGCGGUUUGCCGACCUCGAGUACAUGCUGUGGAACGAGACGGACGAGCAGCUGGCCAAGCUCCUAGCUGCCCAGUCGGCGCUCUCCGUGAUCUUCCACAUCUCGCGCGUGGACGAUCUGAAGAUCGGUGCGGCGCAAGUCCGCGAGCAGAUCGUGAACGGCUUGCCGUACGUCGCGGCGACGAAUCGUCUUGCGGUAGAGUGCAAGGACUCCUCGAACAACGCGGACUGGUUGCCGUCGCUCCCGUAUUGCAACAUCCCUGAGCCCGCCACAAAUGGUGACUCACAGUGUUGCGAGAUAGUUCAAGGUGCUUGA